AUGUUGUCUGUCAACGAGCCUCUCGAAUCUCCUCGAAUCGGUCACCAGCGAGCAUCGUCUCUACUAGUUGCCAUGGACACCGUCUGGCUCAAGCGUCGCGACGGGCACACUAUAUGGCUCAUAUCCAGUAUAAUGGCUUUUAGCUCCAUUGCCCGCGCUCUCCAGAAUACCUCCAGGGUGUAUCUUUACGAACAGUCGCGUUGUCGUAUUCAAUAUCUCGAUCAUGACCCAGCACUCCUCUCGACGACCGGGUCCUUAUCCGUUCCCGAAGCUCUAUGCAAGACGGAAGAGAUUCAAUCCACAGUCGCAUCUUUCGUUGGUGCUGACUUCUUCGUCUCGGCCCUCCCCGGUAUCUUCGUCCUAGCUGCCUAUCAGAAGCUCCUCCCCGUUGUCGGUUUCAGACCACUCCUGUUUCUCAAUGCUUUGGCUACUGCGAUUUCACUAUCGCUCUAUACCAUAUCUUUCUACUUUCAAAAACGCUGGGAUGCCUACGGUGCUUUGGCAGCGACCUUCAUCGACGGGAUCGGAGGCGGUGAUGCAGUUCUUUCGACUCUACUGUAUUCCGUGAUCGCCGAAACAUGCGAUGAGAGCAACUUGAGCAUCUCCAAUUACUAUCAAACUGCAAUUUGGAAUGUUUCUAAGAUGGCGGGAACUGUAAUCGGGUCUGCUUUACUCCGCAGUCACGUUUGGGUCCUUAACUCUUGUUCUAUCCUUGGAUUCCUGAUAACUGCAGCCCAUUACUUUCUUCUAACAUCCCAAAUCGGGGUGGGAGAGGAGGAUGGAACGUCUACGGAACCACUAUUGCCCCGACCAAAGGCCUCUGCUGCGAUGCAGCCAAUCUCGGAGAUUGCCUUUAUGAUCAUACGUUCCUCGGUCCGGGAGACUUUCACAGUACUUUUCUCGCUUUUCCGAAUGACACACAUUCCAAAAAUGUGUCUGAUAUUCUUCAUUUUGCACGCCAAUGCGUGGAAGAUUCGAGAACUUUUCCCCCAGUUCACCUCUACGACGCUUUCCUGGGACCUUUCUACGACCAAUCAAUGGCUGGCCCUAUUAGACUUGAUCGGCUGGGUCGUGCUCAUGUGUCUACCACCACUUCGAAGGUAUGUGUUGUCGCACUUCUAUUCGCACACCGCGCAAGACAUACUCAUAAUCCGGGCAUGCGUCUUGGACGAACUUCUCGCCUGCUUUGCCAUGGGGUUCUCCAUAGCUCCCGUCUACUUGAUUGGAAUGUGCAGCUUUGCGAUGGCGCAUGGGAGCAUGGACUCUUUGAGGUCAUUUGGCGCACAGCAUCUGGGCAUCGGUGAGACCGUGCCUCAAUUUUACACUAGGGUCGCGUUCAUUCUGUCGCUUGCCCGGCUCAUCGGACCAGCGGCAUGGUCCUUUGCAUAUAGCCUGAUCCUGAAAUCCAGCUUUUUACCCCCUGGGGCUAUCUUCUGGGGCGCUGCAGGGUUGUGGACGUUCAUUGCAGUGAUUACUAUGACUCUCAAAGCCAAAUCAUAG